CAAGAUGGCGGCCGCUAAGGACAGUUGUGGCAAAGGAGAAAUGGCCACAGGGAAUGGGCGGCGGCUCCACCUGGGGAUUCCUGAGGCAGUGUUUGUGGAAGAUGUAGAUUCCUUCAUGAAACAGCCUGGGAAUGAGACUGCAGAUACGGUAUUAAAGAAGCUGGAUGAACAGUACCAGAAGUAUAAGUUUAUGGAACUCAAAGUUGCUCAAAAGAAAAGAAGGCUAAAAGGUCAGAUUCCUGAAAUUAAACAGACUUUGGAAAUUCUAAAAUACAUGCAAAAAAUAAAAGAGUCCACCAACUCAAUGGAGACCAGAUUCUUAUUGGCAGAUAACUUGUAUUGCAAAGCUUCAGUUCCUCCUCCUGAUAAAGUGCGUCUGUGGUUGGGGGCUAAUGUAAUGCUUGAAUAUGAUAUUGAUGAAGCUCAGGCAUUGUUGGAAAAGAAUUUAUCGACUGCCACGAAGAAUCUUGAUUCCCUUGAGGAAGACCUUGACUUUCUUCGAGAUCAAUUUACUACCACAGAAGUCAAUAUGGCCAGGGUUUAUAAUUGGGAUGUAAAAAGAAGAAACCAGGAUGAUUCUACCAAGAAUAAAGCAUAAUGCUGGCAAUUAAAAAU